CACACACACACACACACACAGCAUCACAUACUGGUUUGACCGGACUCCACCUGUCGCGGCCGCUGUGUGUGAGUGUAUGAAUGACAACAAGCAGACACGAACACGGCAGACCUGGCAGCGCUUUAAAGCGAGGGCGAACGGAACGUUACAUUAAGUGAAUGCAGUGUUCUCUUCGCUUGCUUUAUGGUUAAAUGAUUUUUGAGUAUCUACGGGGAACAGCGGAGGAAACAACGACCAUAAUUCCGGUGGAUGGUUUUAUCCGCAGUGACUCAGCCGAACAGACAACCGAGGGAGCAGGAUGUCAAGGCAGCAGCAGCAGCAGCAGCAGCACCACCACCGUACGCCGUCAAAACUAACCGACAGCUUAGUGGAGGUCAAAAGCAAAUUUGAGGCAGAGUAUCGUCGCUUUGCUUUAAAGAGAAAUGGCCCAGGUGGCUUCCAGGAGUUCUACCGCCUCCUUCAAACCAUCCAUCACAUUCCUGGUGUUGAUGUGCUUCUGGGAUAUGCAGAUGUCCAUGGAGAUCUCCUUCCAAUAAACAACAAUGACAACUUCCACAAAGCUGUUUCGUCAGCCAAUCCACUGCUUCGCAUUAUUAUAACAAAAAAAGAUGGUGAACCUGUAGUUUUUGCCACUAACUCCCUCCAGAGGCGUAAAAAGGGUCUGGGCCUAACCGGACUGCUCACCCCUGCCUCAGGUUCCAUCCAUUCAAAGAACAAACCGGGCAUUAUGAUCAGCCGGCCACAUGACUUCAGACAGAUAUCGUCCAUCAUUGACGUGGACAUCUUGCCUGAGACACACCGACGUGUACGACUCCACAAACAUGGCACCAACAAACCCCUAGGCUUCUACAUCCGUGAUGGGGUGAGCGUCAGGGUGACACCACAGGGUGUAGAGAAGGUUCCAGGGGUGUUCAUAUCUCGACUGGUGCGCGGUGGAUUAGCAGAGACUACAGGGCUGCUCGGUCUUAACGACGAGAUCCUCGAGGUCAAUGGCAUUGAUGUAGCUGGAAAGUCUUUGGAUCAGGUAACAGACAUGAUGGUGGCCAACAGUCACAACCUCAUUGUGACUGUGAAACCUGCUAAUCAGAGGAACAAUGUGGUGCACCGCGGGAGUAAAACCUCAGUCGGCAACUGUGAUUCUGUGGGCUCAGCCGGAUCUAUGGGGUCUGCUCUUUCACAUGACUCACCAAGCCCCGCCUCUCAGAGCAACCCCAUUACUGCGAGCAACAGCAUUGCUGAGGGUGACAGUGAUGAUGAAGUUGAUGACGGGGACCUCAUUCUGGAAAGCGACUGCCUAACACCCUACGAGUCCCACCGGGUAACUAACAGCAACAACACAAACCUCAACAGAGACUCGCCAAACAACUGGCCCCACAGUUCCUCUGUGGGUAGGCCCCUCCCACAGAGCGUCUCACUGCCCAGUAGCAUUGGAACAUCCCUGAACAACAGCUCCAUGAUGAUGUCCAAUCACAAUGGAAACCCCUCCCACACAGCCAGUAGCAGUGAAGAGAGCAUGAGAGAGGACGGCAAUAUAAUAACACUGUAACCGUGACAACCCUGACCUCUACACUAUAAUAUUGAGGACUAUGGAAAUUUGCAGUGGCAGUGCUGUAACCAUUACACUUACAGACAGAUAGCAGACUUAGCAGCACAUUUUCCUUUGAAGGUUCUUCCUGUUGAUUACUUGGUAGGUUCUCUUUUUAAAUUUGUGGACAGGAUGGAAAACACUCUAUACCAUGUGGCUGAUCUAUAUUAGUAAUUCUAUUAUUUGUAUUACCGUGUUACAAUCAUGAUAUGGAAACUGCUGCAAUCCCAUUAGGUCCUAAUUGAUUAAUACAGAAGAUUGAGAAAUAAUUAAAGCCAUUAGUCACUUUGAUGUCAACAUAGAGUAUUUAAGAAAAUGUUUUUAUGCAAAGCUGUUUGUGAAGAAGCCACUACAAAAUCUGCAAACCUACAGUUCCUCUGAUCAGAGACUUCUGACUACAAUACGAUGAUUAAAGAAAAAUUUAUUGUAAAACAUUAAGGUUCUAUUUUCAUGAAAGCAAAGCAACCAGUGCAAUCAGUACUGCACCUGCUAUUUCAUCUUUAUGUUCAUUUAGUUCAUGUGUGCGAGGGGUUCAUUCAAAUGAUUCAGUGCAAAGGUAUUUUGGGGGAAACUAAGUCUUAGACCUGAUACCAAAAAAUGGAACUGGUUUAUGUAUCUAUAGCAACAUUACUGUUCUGUGAGCAACUGCAAAUUGCAACACAUCAUUAAUUGAAUAAUGUUUAAUAUAGUUUCAGGCGCUAUUACAUUUAAUCUAAAUUGACUGUAUGUAAUUAAAAGAACACGAGUAAAGUAGGUUGAUCCUCAAAAUAUCUGCUGUCCAGAGAAAAUUUCGACAGAUUCAUUGAAACUAGUUCAAAACUAAAAUGUUUAGUUUAGUUAGUUUAGUUUUCACAAGAGAAGAAGGUGGAAAUCUUUGUUAAUUGGUGGAUUUCAUCAUGAUUUUCUGUAUCUUCUGUUUCAAAUUUCAACAAAAAUGAUCUGACUGUCAAACUGUCACAAAAGAAUUUCUUAUAUGAUACACCACAGGAUAACAGGAUAUGUCCAAGUCUUCCCCAACUACACCUUUCAUGUACACUACGCGCUACUAGUUUACUGUAUGUCUAGUCUUUCAUCAAAGAAGACUUUCAUAGUUUACAGCAUUAUGAUGAGGUUUGGAUGGCUGAUUGAUUGAUUUUUUUAAAAGUGUGACAUAGCACAAAGCCCAAACCCGACCCUGCUCCAGCCCCUAAAGAAAAAGACUCAGUAAUCUGCAGGGGAUGUGUGCCUGAUGCAUGUGUAGGGAUCGCUUUUUCAACUCUCAUUCAACCCGAUCCCUUUGAGACAGCUGUUGCAUGUCACAUGGUCGUCACGUAUUCCAUAUAUUUCACAGCUAGGCAGUCAAAUUAUUUACACAAUCCUACCUGGCACGGUAUCUUAUUCCAGCACUGGUCUAACUAGUUCUAAUGUACCCAUAUACCUAUAGUGUAAGAGUUUACUGGAAGCUGUCAUGGAGACACACACAGUAUCUAGUCAAAUAAUCCUGACUGCUUAUUAUGAUUGAAAUGAGAUCAGAAAAAAAAACGUCAAAGCAAAACCAACAUAAAUACUUUCUGAAUGUUUUCUGUGUUAAAAUGCCAGUAAAGAUAAAUCAACAAUACAUAUAUAUUUACAGAGUUUGAUGUCAACACCUCUUAAUGCACACACACACACACACACACACACAGCCAAAUCAAAGACAUUGCUUUCAUUUUAAUGUAUCUUAACGUUAAGUAGAAAUGUACAUGUACGAUCAUGUAACUGGAAUGAUUUUCAUAACACCUUGGAGAUGUUUUUAUGUAAACAGCCAUUUUAUAAUAUGUAUAAAAAACAGAGACUAUUUUUCUUAUUCUUGUACUUUUACAUUCCACACACAUUGUUCAUGAACCAACAUGACCAGUGUGUGUGGUAGGUCGCUCUGAAUAGUCACAGAAAUUGUGAAUAUAUUAUGAAGGAUUUUUUUUUUUUUUUUUUUUUUGAGACAUUUACAGUAUUUAACUUAAAUUUUGGUUUUAAUUCUAAGAAUCCAUGCUGAAAUGUUCCAGAUGAAAAUCCUGUCAUGUUUUUAAAAGUGAAUUAGCAUUUGGUGCACACUGUCAUUCCAAGGUCCAUGUUAGGUGUCCCACAUGGUUUUGUAUUAAUGAUACUAUGGAUCGUUUGUCCUUGCUCUUAUAUAGUUGCCAUGUUGGUUUGCCAGAAGGCACUGAGACAAACACUGAGGUACUGACGGCCUUUGAAGUCUAAGUCACAUGUGUACGAUGCUGGAGAACGUGCUGGACAAAUGGGACCAGAACAACCAAGGGUCUGGACACACUUGAGGACAUGUUUAUCCCAGCUUAGCACAAACACAGAGCAAGAGGAAAACUUCAGCUUGUCUCCUACUCCAUAUCAAGUUCAAAAACAUUGCAAAUGGUAACUAACUGUCUAUGAGGUAAUCAAGUUUCCAAAGCCCUCAAAGUUACUUUACUGUUGAAUCCUGUGUAGUCUGCUUACAACAUGACAGCUGGUCGACUUGAAGAUGGUCAGUCACAGAAGGUGUUCUCCUGACUUUAUGUGGUCUUAAAAAAAAAGGAAGUGCCUUUUUUUAAGUGAGGAUUUAUUAGAUGUCACGUCAUGUGUGGUGGUCUGUCCACAGAUUCAUCUUUAGUGAUGGCAGGACUCAUCAAACAGCCUGUUGAAGUGUAACCUGCACUCAGCCCACCGCUGCUUUCUGUUGGAGUCUGUAACAAACUGGAUGUCAUUUGGAGAUGAGAUAUGAUGAUUAUCGAAUUAUAAUGUUAUGCUAAUAAAGUAUUAUUUAAAAAAGA